AUGUAUCCAUAUGUUCUUUUAGUUCUCUUCGUUCUGCUAUUAGCGGAAAUUAGCAUCAAGAAUUUGGCAACAGCUAAAGAACAAAAUUCCAAUGAUAUUCAUCUAGAAGCACCGCAUUUAAGCGAUAGAACAGAAAGCAAUCGACCGCCUAUUAAACCAUCAACAAAUGUUCCUCAGAAAAAAAUAAAACAGAAAAUAUCUAAUACCAAAAAUAAAAUUAAUCCAUGCAAAGGUACAUAUGUAAGAACAAAUGGAACAACUUGUGGACUCAAAGAAAUAAUGAUUGGUCGUUGUUAUGAAUAUCAAUUCGUUAAAUAUCCAUCUGCAACAAAUCAACAUAAUAUCAAAAAUUGUACAGCACUCUAUGAAACAUUUGAAUCAGCAGUUCGAUAUAAAUCACAUUGUAAUAUGAAUAUGAGUACAUAUAAAGAUUAUUUUGAUUUAGCACUUGCUGGUGUACAUGUCAUCAAUCGAGCAAUGUUUUGGAGUGGAACUUAUGCUGUUACUCAUGCUUAUAGUGGUAGCGGUUUAAAUUAUAUAACUUUAGAAGAUACACUUGCAGCCGCUAUGGUUAAUGGUCUUGUUUGGUGUGGAAAUGAAAAUCAUACUGAAGGGUUCGAUUUUAAUAGUUGUCCAAACAAUUGUAAAGAUAAUCGAUGGGCAGAUUUAGCUUUUUGGGGAUUAGCAUCAAAAACUUUUGCUCAAUUAGCAGCUGGUGAAAUCUUUGUUAUCUUAAAUGGAAGUCAAUUACAUGGUAGAUCAGCAUUUCGUAAUAAUUCAUAUUUUUCUGAUUUUGAACUUCCAAAUUUUCGACGACAUGGCGAAUAUCGUGUUACAAAGAUCAAUGCACUUGUUUUACAUUCACCUGAUGAAAAAGUGAUGGAAAGAUGUGGUGAAAAAAGUCUACGUCUAUUAGAAGAUUUAAUUACAAAUAAUGGUUUUGAAUAUGCAUGUAAAGAUGAUCCUGAAGAAUUAAUUUUAAUUAUGUGUGGUAAUCAAUGGGAAGCACGUGAAUGUCAAAUAGCUCGACGUGUUUUAAGACAAGCAUGGGAUACAAAAUUAUAUGGAACAUCAAAUAGCAAUCAGAAAUCAUUAUCGUUACUUAUGAUUUUUUAUUUUUUUUUAAUCAAAAUUGUAGUUUUUAAUAACAAAGUUUAG